UAUAAAGUCGCACAGCUCCGAUCCCGGCGACAAAAUAUCUCGCUAUCCCCAUGGACGUCGACCUCUUCGCCGACAUCGACCUCGACGCCCUCCUCGCCUCCUUCUCCGGGGAGCCCACCGGCGUCUCCGACCUCAUCGUACCGUCCCCGCCUCCGCCGGCGCCGGCGCCGGCGCGCGAUGCGGAGGCGGGGUCGCCGGAGUCGGUUACCUCCCGGGCGAGCCCACCCGGGGAGGAGGCGCUGACGGAGAUCGAGAGGUUCCUGAUGCAGGUGGGGGAGGCGGAGCUGGGCGGGGAGGCCGAGGGCAUCAGCAUGGAGGAGUUCUUCGACGCGCUGUACGACGGCGGGGAGGGGGAGCGGGAGGGGAAGGAGAGCGAGGCGGGUGGAAGCACGGAUGAGGAUUCCGGAAGGGAUGAGGUGGUGGAGGUUGUAACGCCGGAGGUUGAGACGGUGGAGGUGGACGACGAUGAUCCUGUCAGCAAGAAGAAGAAGAUGAGGAAAAUGAGGAACAGAGAUUCCGCCAUGAAAUCGAGGGAGAGGAAGAAGACGUAUAUAAAGGACUUGGAGACGAAGAGCAAGUAUUUGGAGGCAGAGUGCCGCCGCCUCAGCUAUGCACUUCAGUGCUAUGCAGCUGAGAACAUGGCACUGCGCCAGAGCUUGUUGAAGGAUAGGCUUGUUGGUGCUCCCACAGCCAUGCAGGAGUCUGCCGUACUCACGGAAACCCUGCCGUUGGUUUCCCUGCUUUGGCUAGUGAGCAUCGUGUGCCUGUUCCUGAUGCCCGGUCUGCCCAACCGAAGUCCAGCAGCUCCAAGCAGCGCCGGAAGAGGUCUCGGGAUGGUAGCCGGAAAGACAAGCAGUGAAAACCCAGAGAUAUUGGAACUCAUCCUCCAUGGAAGGCGCUGCAAGGGCACAAGGGCAAAAAUCAAGCUAGAUACAGUACCAUUUCAUGAAGUAGCUGCUUGCUAGCCUUUCCAUAGGCCUCUUUUGCAAGCAUCCAGUAUGUAGUGUAGUACUUGCCAAGCUCAGCAUGCCUGUUAUAUAUGUGUCAUGCAGUUGAUAUCCAUGGAAUAUCUUUUCUUUUCUAUUUGGAUUUUUCUUUUGUUCUUUUUGGUUUCAAUAGCUACUGUCUUAUCCAGAUUCCGAAUGGGCUUUUGUGUUCGUAUAUUGGCAUCUUGUUGUUCCUGGAUCUGAAAUUCCUGUGAUCGUGAAUCUUUGGAAGUGUUAGUGCAUUAUGAGAUGAUGUAAUAAAAUUAACAAGAUCAUGGAAGCUCGUUGAGUUCU